AUGGUUCGGACGGUCGUUGAGCCGACUGCUAAGCAGCCGGUCGGCUGGCCGGGAACGUACCCAGAAAGCGCCGCUUCUUUCCCUCUCGCUAAGUCGUCCAAGCCAGUCGACGAUGAGGAUGAGUGGGAGUUCGAGUACUCCACCACGGAGGAAGAGACAUACUAUGUAACCAUGGACCUUUCGCAUCCAGGCAUGUUUGAGAAGGUCAAAGACACAUUCCAUUCCCAAAACCGAGGCGGCUACAGGCAAUGGUUCAACCCCGUCUAUGCAGACCCCAACAAGAACACGCGACUCCGUCCUACUAAGACCAACGCGAUCUUGCUUGCGGACGAGGAGGACAAGGAUGACGAGGACCUCGUCCCAAGAGAAGAGGAGGACGCAGACGUCGAGAAUGAGAACAACAACCACGAUGGGAACAGAAAUGGAGGCGAUACCGUCGAACCAAACGGCAACGAGACCGUGGACGAGAAUGGCGGAGACGGCGACAGAGAUAUGAUCGAUCCACGGCUCAGAGGCUCGUCGCAACCGGCCGCGCGAGUAUCACCGAGGCCAGCGGAAGAGGUCACUGAGAUCACACAGCCCCAGCCAAGCAAGAAGUUAAAGAGCGUUGGAGACAUCCAGGUACUUGACCUGCACUCCGAUAGCCCGGUCAUAUCCUACAAGGGGCGGAUUUUCUCGGGCAGCUGGGCCAGCAACAUCGGCACUGAGCUCAUCUUCGGCGCGCACGACGAGGUUGCGGACCGUGGCCUGCCGUACCUGCGCAGCCUGUCUGGCGACGUCGACCUCAUGGCCGCGACGUCGGCGCGCAUCCUCACCACGCCCGCGGAUCUCAAACCCAAGAACCCUACGAACGUGGCUGCGCCUCAGCGCCGGCAGGCCCCCGACCGCUACAGAAAAUUAAGGAAAGAGUCUGGAAUCGAGAUCCCUGUUGCGUUCGACAAGCACGGGUUCAGAAAGCCACAGGCCAGGUUUUUGGAGAACAUAAUGGCCAUCAAGCGGAAGAGGGGAGAGAUGGACGAGGUCACAACCAUGACGAAGGACACUACGAGGUUCUUUGUGGAUGCGGAGGACGACCCAGAGGAGGCGCAGCUGCAAAAGAAGAGAAUCAGAGACAGGAGGAGACAGCUGAGGCUGAUGGAGGAGAGAGCGGCAAGGCCCAAGACAAGGAGGAGGCGCGGCAACCGGUGGACGAACAGGGAGCAGGUGGUUAGGUUUGGGGAUAAGGACCCUGAAAGUCAGGGCGAGGACGAGGUUGGAGAGAUUUCCACUAGGACGCCAGGUACAUGGGAAGAUAUAGAGGGCGGCGGUGGAGACGAUGGAGACGAGGCUGAGGAGGAUUCGGCCAUGGAAGAGGAUUAA